AAGCCCAGGGAAGAAAACUUGGCACCUACGACCCCCCCUGUGGCUCUUGUCAGUAACUGGGCAGCUAUCUUGCAAUCAUCGAAUACUCCGGUUUCUACUAAAAAGGUAAAACACACAAGAUCUAACUCAGAAUCCUUGUCCACUACUACUCUCUCUUCGGUUACAAAGUUUAAUAUGAGCAAUGAAUCAGUUUUGCCUUUGGGUAUCUUGAUAUUGAAGAUAAUGUAUGAUCCAAACUAUAGUGUGUUUGGUGAAGAUAACGAAUUGCCCGUGUUCAAGAUUGCUCCGAGGGGUUUGACCAACACAGGAAACAUUUGUUACAUGAACUCCAUUUUGCAAAUGUUACUCUACUGUGUUCCAUUCAAUCGUUUAUUGAAAUUGAUUGAGGACAAAUCGAUAGGAACUUUGAACAGAGCAUCGCCUACUCCUUUAUUGGAUGCAACGAUUAAGUUCUUCAACGAUUUUUCUGACAAGACUUCGGGGCUUUCUUCCGAAGUGGAAGAUGCUUCUGAGAGUGCUAUAUCUCCUGAAACAUUCUAUAUGACUUUGAUUUCGCAUGAGAAGUUCCUGCAUUUGAAAUGGGGACAACAAGAAGAUGCAGAAGAAUUCUUGGGCUACUAUUUGGAUGGUUUGCAUGAAGAAUUCUUGAGUGAAAUAAGGAAAUUGAAUACGCCGAGCGUCGAUUCGCUUAUUCAAACGUUUUCAAAUGAGAACGAGAACGUGGAAAAGGUCAGUAUGUUCAAGUUCAAUAUCAAGAAUACAGUGAAGUUAAUUAAGAAUGAGAACAAAAAUAAUGACAAUGAAUGGAAUGAAGUCGGCUCUAAUAACAAAAAGAUCAGCGUUAAGAGAACAGUUGAAAUAGAGCCAAGUCCUAUCAAUAUGAUUUUUGGUGGGCUGUUCAAGUCUGUUCUCAUUGUUCCAAAAGCCAACAACCCUAAUCAAUUUCAAAAGUCUAUUACAUUGGAUCCAUUCCAGAACCUUCAAUUAGACAUUUCUGAAGCUGAUACCAUUGAAGAUGCAUUCCUCAACAUGAAUAAGUUGGAGAAGAUCAGUUAUAAGAACAACGACAAGGAAGUUCAAUUGAAGAAACAAACUUUCAUUGACAGAUUACCAGAAGUGUUGAUAAUACAUUUAAAGAGAUUUUCAUAUUUAAAGGAUAAAGAGGUUGGAAUAGAGAAAUUGAGAAAGAAAGUCGAUUACGCUCAUGAUUUACAUGUGCCUUCAGAAGUGUUGUCCAACAAGAACAUCAUUUCCAAUGCCGCAACCUCGUUCAAGUUGAUUGGUGUUGUUUACCAUCAUGGUAGUAGUGCUGAAGGAGGUCAUUACACUAGCGACUCCAACGUGGCCAACGACUGGUUGCGUAUCGAUGACACCACACUCAAGCCUAUCUCUGUGGACGAAGUCUUGAACGGCGGAACUGAAGAAAGUAUCAAAAAUGCCUACAUUUUGUUAUACGAAAGAUACAACUAG